AUGCCGCUGCGGCGCGGGGCCCCUCCCUGCCCGCCGCGGCCUCUGGCCGGUGUGCUGUGUGGGGGCGGCGGCUCCGCGGGCGUGGGGGGCCGGUGCUGCGCCCCCAUCCGCCGGGCAUGCUUCCUGCGACCGACCAAGGAGAAGAGCGGAGGGGCUCUCUGGUACCAGCUGAAAAACUGCAGAUGGAAGCCAACUUUUGCCUUGGAGACUGGUGGGCCAUCUAACACCGAUGGCCAAGACUUCGAUGAGGACAGUGGUUUUCUUGGUAGGACUAGACUGGGAAGACUCAUCCAAGCUGCUGCAAGGGAGCUACUUGACAAGCUGAACUCUGCCAGAACAAAUUCGCCAACAAAGAUAUUCCUUGUCCUCCUUGGUUUUUACACAGCCAAUGCCUUGGCAACAAUACUAGGGCAGACCGGUGACUGGGAUGUUCUUGUUGCUGGUGUUGUAGUGGCUGCCAUUGAGGGAAUUGGCAUGUUCAUGUACAGAAAACCAAUUACCAGGCCUCCUGGCAGGUUUCAAUCUUUGAUUUCAAUGGUGAACUACUGGAAAGCCGGUGUAUGCCUGGGCCUUUUUGUGGAUGCCUUCAAGCUGGGUAGCUGA